GCGAGAAGAAGAGCUGGAGCCAAAAUAAUCACAGCAGCGUUAGCCGCUAGCUUGUCUGACAGGCGGCAGCGCAAACGGACCCAAUGUUCGACCAGUGACGGAGCUAGUGGCAUUAAGAACAGCGUAUUCUGCCAUUUUCUUUUUUUUAAUCGGCCAGAUAAUCCGCCGGUGACAGCAUGGAGAGGAAGUUGCACCUGAACCUGCUAGCUUCCAGACCUCCCAUGGCAGGUGGAUUCCCGCAGUCCGGGUCCAAAAUGAAGAUGGGACCUGGACGGAAAAGAGACUUCAGCCCGCUGACCUGGAGUCAGUACUUUGAAACCAUGGAAGAUGUUGAGGUGGAAAAUGGAAAUGGGAAGGAUACUUUCAGAAUUUAUUGCAGCGGUUCCCACGGCCCGGUUCUCCUGCUUCUGCAUGGAGGUGGCCACUCUGCUCUCUCCUGGGCUGUGUUCACGGCGGUCAUAUACAGCCGGAUCAACUGCAGGGUUGUAGCCAUGGACCUCCGAGGGCAUGGUGACACCAAAGUGAAGAACCAAGAGGAUCUUUCUGCAGACACGAUGGCAAAGGAUAUAGGUAAAGUGGUAGAGGCGCUCUAUGGAGAGAACCCUCCUCCCAUCAUGAUGAUCGGGCACAGCAUGGGUGGCGCCAUCGCAGUCCACACUGCUGUCGCCAGUCACGUCCCGUCGCUGCUCGGCCUCUGCGUUAUCGACGUCGUGGAAGGCACGGCCAUGGAUGCCCUGAACAGCAUGCAGAACUUCCUCCGAAGUCGACCAAAGACUUUUAAAUCCUUGGAGAACGCCAUCGAGUGGAGUGUGAAGAGUGGCCAGAUCCGAAACAUCGAGUCCGCCAGAGUGUCCAUGGGAGGUCAAGUGAAAAAAUGCGAGGAGCCGUCCUGCGGAGACUCGAGCAGCAUUGGCGAGGGCAUCAUAGAGGAGGACGAGGACGAAGAAGCAGAAGAAGAAACCAAUAAGAAGCGGAUGAAAGAGGAUGAGCAGGAGGUGUCUGUCCUGCAGCGUCUGAACGCUUCUGUGAAAGCUUCGAGCUAUCGUCUUGUUCUGAUCUCGCAGAAGAAGAAGGAGAGCAUCUUCACGUGGAGAGUGGAGUUGGCCAAGACGGAGAAGUACUGGGAGGGCUGGUUCCGAGGCUUGUCUGCGCUCUUCCUCACCUGCCCGGUGCCUAAGCUGCUGCUGCUCGCUGGAGUGGACCGGCUGGAUAAAGAUCUAACCAUAGGACAGAUGCAAGGGAAGUUUCAGAUGCAAGUUCUCCCACAGUGCGGCCAUGCUGUCCACGAGGAUGCGCCGGAGAAAGUGGCCGAUGCUCUAGCGACAUUUAUGGUCAGACACAAAUUCACCGAGUUUAAGGACGGAUUUCUGUGCUAACUCCUGUGUGAAAGCUCCGUCAUCCGAGGAGAACUACAAAUCGUGACUGUGCUCUUUGUUUUCAUCCGCCGUCUGCUUUUGCCUUAUUUUAUUUAAACACUUGGACUUCAUUUAUUAUUAUUAUUUUUUUUUUUAUCACCAGUAAGCUUUAGGUGUCUUAACGGUUUCUUUCUUCGUUGAAGAUGUUUGCGAUGAUUGGACUGAGAAGAUUAAAGUUGAGAAACCCA